UAAUAUCUAUCUUCUGAUUUCAGAGAAAAUGACAAAAUUUUCAUGAGCCAUUGAAAGUACUGUGGGGCCUGGGCUCUGUGCCGACCGUGCCUAAAGGAUUUAGACCUGCGUGCACACGAAUAUGAAAUUAAAAAGCAUGGUUAUCCGAGUAGGAAAUAAAAUCACCCACAUACACAGACAUAGGCACACGCAGUGCUCACACGAAAUCCCCUACAAUUACGAGGACGGUAAACAGGGGCUGUGCAAGCCGGGCGUCCUGCGCGGCCACUGCGAGGGUGUCCUCGGCCACUGGGCAGCAGGGCCGGGCCAGCUCGGAAACCGUCGGAGAGGAGGCCGACCAGGGAAGCUGCUGCCCCGUGGCUCGGUCCGCGCACCGCUCGGUGCCGCGCUCUCAUCUGCGGACGGCCCGCUGGAUUGUUGCGAACGUCCAGCGGCCGCGCGGCGAGGCCGGGUCGCCACGGUUUGCGCACCAGAAAGGGACGAAACGGGAAACAGCCUACCCGCGGCGACGCCACCAACCGAGAAAACGAACGAUCCCACCGCGGAGCCCGAAAAACGAAACGUGGCGCAGGCGCAACGUGAGGCUCGUUGGGGGCGGGACGCGUGCCGCGGAAACGGCCCAAUCAGGGGGUGUCAUGGACGGGCGUUGCAGGAAGGCCCACUGAGGGAACCAGCGUGGGGGGCGCGGCAGGACAGACCAAUGAGAAAGCCGGCGUGUGGGGGCGUCGCAGGACGGGCCAAUGAGAGAGCCGACUUGGGGGGCGUGGCUAUGAGACUAGCGGUGCGGAGCCGGGGCCUGCCCGGCCACAGGGUCAUUUCCAUGCCUGCAUGGACGCGGAGGAUGCAGGACAGUCGCCGCGAAUUUUUAGGACUUUCCAGUUCCAGUUUAGACCUGAAUGUGACGGGUUUGUGUUGCUGUUUGGCAUUCGUAAUUCAAGGAAAUCCCCUCUUCUGGUUGAAAGCACGGUGUGAUUCCCUGGCCCUCCUGCAUCAGCAUCACUUGGAUAAUACAACCGGCAAAUAACCGGAUCCUGCUACAGAUCUGGUGCUGGAAGUGACACCUCAAAUGUCAGCUGAGCUAACCCAAGCUGCUUACCUUCAGGAUCGUUACCAGAGCCAAAACAGUGCUUAGGCUUUCCCCACUCAGACUUCGAUGCCAGAAGAUAAAGUGAAAAAUAAAUGUGUGUCUAAAAAGGAGAGAUCUCGGGGAAUGAUUUGGGUCAACAAGGAAUGUGGAAUUCCAUUUCUCCACAAAUUUUAUUGAUCCUAACAUCUCAUUCACAGACUUUUUGCCCUCCUCAUUUAGACUUCUCCAGCAAACACAGUCCAUGGUAAAUAAUGAUUCUCCGUAGGCCUGUAACAGCAGUAAAUUCUAUUUUCAUAAUUAAAACAACAAAUAAAACGAAAAUGCUAGAA